UUAUUCCAAUAAAACCCUUGAAUGAUAUUUUGCCGUUUUCAAAACCCUUAAAAGAAGAAAAACAAUCAGAGGGUUGGCGGUGUUCCCGUCAGAAGAUCACGAGGAUCAUCACAUUAAACUCUGUUUUGUUGAUCUCUCUUUCUGUUCCGUUUCUCUUUCCACUGCCAAAAGUUAAAGCUCUCUCUCUCACUCAAUCACACACUCAUUUCUCACUAUUUCACAACUUCCUUGUGGACAAAAUUAGUCGACUUCUCUGUUCUCUCCAACACUGUUUCGUUUUCACUACCCAAAAUUCGAAUCUGGGUUAUUGAAAAAGUUCCAAUUUUUUUAUCUGGGUUUUUCGAAAGCUGAUAUCUUUUUAGAAUCUGAUCUAUCUCUUCUACUUCAUUUCCCUUGCAUUUUUUUAAUAAGUUGUAGAAUCUGUCUUGUUCUGGAAAAAUAUGGAGUCUUGCUUUCCUGCCAUGAAGCUGAAUCAGUGUACCUUUGGUCUCAACAACGAAAUUGUCUCUGAGAGAGUUAGUGCGUUCUGGGGAACCCAAGUUGUCAAGCCCAAUCAUUUGAGGACAACGAAACUUAGGAGUGCACCUCAGAAGAAGAUUCAGACAAACCUCAUUCGCUCCGUUCUUACUCCAUUUGUUGAUCAAGAGUCUCAUGAACCUCUGUUGAGAACUCAAAAUGCAGACCCUAAGAAUGUAGCGUCUAUCAUACUAGGUGGUGGUGCUGGGACUCGCUUGUUCCCUCUUACAAGCAAGAGAGCUAAACCUGCGGUGCCAAUUGGAGGGUGUUACAGGCUGAUAGAUAUACCGAUGAGCAAUUGCAUCAACAGUGGUAUUAGAAAGAUCUUCAUCUUAACUCAGUUCAACUCAUUUUCUCUCAAUCGCCACUUGUCUCGUACUUACAACUUUGGCAAUGGAGUCAAUUUUGGUGAUGGGUUUGUUGAGGUCCUUGCUGCAACCCAAACUUCCGGAGAUGCAGGAAAGAAAUGGUUUCAGGGAACUGCUGAUGCUGUUAGGCAGUUUAUAUGGGUCUUUGAGGAUGCCAAGACAAAGAAUGUGGAACAUGUCUUGAUCUUGUCUGGGGAUCAUCUCUAUCGGAUGGAUUACAUGAACUUUGUGCAGAAGCACAUUGAGUCCAAUGCUGAUAUCACAGUUUCUUGUCUUCCCAUGGAUGAGAGCCGUGCUUCGGACUUUGGGCUGCUUAAAAUUGACCAGUCUGGUAAAAUCAUUCAAUUCUCGGAAAAACCAAAGGGAGAUGACUUAAAGGCAAUGCAAGUUGACACUUCCAUUCUUGGUUUACCACCGAAAGAAGCUGCGGAGUCCCCAUACAUUGCAUCGAUGGGUGUUUACGUAUUUAGAAAAGAGGUUUUGCUAAAGCUUCUAAGGUCAAGUUAUCCUACAUCCAAUGACUUUGGUUCUGAAAUUAUCCCGUUGGCCGUAGGGGAGCAUAAUGUUCAGGCAUUUUUGUUCAAUGACUAUUGGGAGGAUAUUGGAACCAUAGGAUCAUUCUUUGAUGCCAAUUUAGCCCUCACGGAACAGCCUCCUAAAUUCCAAUUCUACGAUCAAAAAACACCCUUCUUCACUUCUCCAAGAUUCUUGCCACCUACCAAAGUUGAUAAAUGCAGGAUACUUGAUUCCAUAGUUUCACAUGGAUGCUUCUUGAGAGAAUGCAGUGUGCAGCACUCAAUCGUUGGCAUACGAUCACGUCUCGAGUCUGGAGUAGAGCUUCAGGAUACAAUGAUGAUGGGAGCUGAUUUCUACCAAACGGAAGCUGAGAUCGCGUCUCUUUUGGCGGAAGGGAAAGUUCCGGUAGGGGUUGGCCAGAACACAAAAAUCAAGAACUGUAUCAUUGACAAGAACGCCAAGAUCGGGAAGAACGUGGUCAUAGCGAAUGCAGAUGGCGUGGAAGAAGGCGAUAGACCAGAGGAAGGGUUUCACAUAAGAUCAGGCAUCACCGUUGUGCUGAAGAACGCCACCAUUAGAGAUGGUCUGCAUAUUUAAGCUUUUAAACCUCUCUUUAGGAGCAGUGUAUGUGGCUUCUUGUGAUUUUGUAACGAGACUAGUUACGUUCGAUUAAUAAUUUAAUAAAACAAGAGGCACAAACGAAUGACAGUUUUAGCAACUUUAAACGUGAUCGUUAAUCUUGGU